CAGCCCGAGAGGCCGGUGGAUGGACAGCGCCGCCAGCCAAUCGGGUGUCACAGAAGGGGCCGCCCCCCCCCCAGGAGGGCGGUGGCUGGGCGAGGGCGGAGCGUUGCUAGGGAAGCGCUGGUGGGGAGGGGGAGGGCCAGGGCUGCGGAGCCUGCGACGCUGGCCGAGUUCGAUUAGCUGGCUCCAGCACCCUCCCCUGAGGCAGCCGUCAUCACCGUAACCCCCCGGGAACGGUCCCCGGUCCCCCUCGUGGCAGCACGGAGCAUGGUGAAACUAGCUGCAAAGUGCAUCCUGACAGGUGACUCAGCAGUAGGGAAGAGUGCCUUGUCCCAGAUGUUCUGCAAUGAUGGAGCUCAUUUCCAGAAAAACUACACACUGACGACGGGCGUGGAACUGCUGGUGAAGACUGUAUCUGUUCCAGAGACAAGUGAUAGUGUGGAACUCUUCCUUUUUGACUCAGCGGGCAAAGAACUGUUUUCUGAGAUGAUAGAGAAACUGUGGGAGCAGCCCAAUGCCCUGUGUAUUGUGUAUGAUGUCACCAAUGAACAGUCUUUCAACAACUGUGCCAAGUGGCUGGAGAAGCUGAGGGCACGGACACUUGGAAUGCACCUUCCAGGUGUCUUAGUGGGGAAUAAAACAGACCUGAUUGGUCGACUAGUUGUGGAGCAGAAACGGGCACAGGAGUGGGCUGAGAUCCAUGGCCUGCAAUACUGUGAGACAUCAGUGAAGCUGUCUGGCUGCCAGGAGCUUUUCCUCUGUACCUCUCAUAACUUGGUAAUGCAGUGCCCUCUGCUGGUCUCAGGUCACAAACGUGCCAAAGAAGAUGCCACUGUGUUGUAGUGAGCAAGAAUUGUGCUCCUAUCUUCCUUUCCAACCUCCCAGAUCAGAGCCAUCCCUUGUGUAGGGCAAAUCAGGGCAACCACUCCAGGCCCUGCACUUGGUGUGAUUGGCUGGCACGGUCACUCCUGGAAGAGAAGAAUCCAUCACUUCCGCCCUGGACCCCGAACCUCCCUCGGGAUGGCCCUUUAUCCCGAGGAGGAGUACCCAGGAUUUCAAAUAGAUAAUUUCUCCUGCUCUCUCUCCCACUCCCCCCAAGCUUGCCUUUGUUUUGUGUGUUUGGGAUGUGGAGGGUGUUGCUAAGUAAUUUCAGUAGUGUCACCUCCUUACUAGGUCCAGUUUUCCAGUCUCUUGGUCAAAUGAGAACCUCAUUUUGUUGUUCAGUUUUCACCAUCCAUUCUCAAAUUUCCUAGCUGAUCAUUUGGUUCUGGUAUCACUAGUGCAAACAGGACAUAGGAGGAGAAAGAGGCCGCCUGGCUCUAAACUAUUGAGGGUCAGCAAAGCGACUUGUCCAGGUUGAGGUUUGGUGUUACGAAUUAUACCCGAUAGGUCACGCACAGGAACUGCUGCGAAUUAUACCCAAUAGGUCAUGCACAGUUCGAGUCUAGGCUGAGGCACACGAACAAAGUCCACAACUGCAGAGUUCCCAAAGAUACUAAGUUUAUUACGCUCUAGCGUGGUGCCCCCGCUAAUCAGGAGGGGACCCCGCAUGCAGGUUAUACAAAGAUUAUAUACCUUUUAGCAAAGCAUGAUGCCCUUGUGCAUCAGAAACCUUACCCAAUAGACAAACCCUUGCCUUAUCUACCAUCUAUCGCUGCUAGGUACGUUCCCUGUGCUAGACCAUUACUUCAACUACAUUACAUAGUCCUAAAGCAAUGCAUCAGUAGCCUUUCUUAUCAGGAUGGGAGGCUCACAUCAAGGCCAGGAGGCAGGGAGUUAGGAACAGACAAAGAACAGAAACCAGGAGUCGAGACAGGCUGGAAACAAGGGGGAGGGUUUUCACAGGAAUGCAGUAUCUAAGGAACACUCCUCUUGGUGCAUGAUGUGCUUGCUUUUAGACAAUGGUGGGCCCCAAACCAAAAUGGAGUCACAUAUGUUAACUUUUCCUUAACAAUGGUGUGGGGAGGCGCAACAUCUCUAGGUAGAAUUCUUGUCUCUGGUAUAAUACUGAUACAGCAUGUGUGAGAACCCUUUCAGAUCGCCAGUGCAAGGAAAUGCACUGCAGUUAGGCAAACAAUCUGUGCAAUUCAAGGUAGGAUGUAGCUCUUUUCUUCCAGAAGAGGAUCAAUUGCAGAGAUUCUUGUCUGCUUCCAAGGUCACAACAUCUUCCCUUGGCUAAGGGGUGCUGAUUUUUCUGGGGUGUGCACUGAGUCAUUUCUCUGAGACAAGCUUUCCAGGAAUCUCUGCUCUUGGUGGGUUGGAUGUAAUGCAUCUAAGUAGGAGAUGUGGAGGCAGGAGCCAGCCACCUCCAGCUGCUGUGAAUAAGAUAUAAUUAUUUUUAGUACUGUGCUGAGUUAGUCAAAGAACUUUAGAACUAAAGGCUCACUUUGAUUUCAUGGCUCCUCCUACAGUUUUACCGGUAACGUGCUUCUGUUACAUGAUGGAUCUUUUCAUAUUUAAAAUAUUUUGCCAAGUGUGUCUUUGUCACCUGUGGCAUGAUCUAUGGAGGAUUAAUACCUUGGGGAUGGGAGAUAAGGGGAAACCCAUGUGAUUUUUAUCUGGGAACGACUUUCUGUCUGCCCCUGAAAAACCUGCCAUAGCUCUUAAUGACUGAAGAAGAGCUCUGUGUAAGCUCACAAGUUUGUCUCUCUGACCAACACAAGUUGGUCCAAUAAAAGAUAUUACCUCA